CCAAUUUGCAGAUCCGUGUAUUAGGUGUUGAUAUCCCCUUUCCCGCCCCGUCGGACCUCCAAGCCAUCCGUUAACCGCAUGAGGUCAUGAAUUUUUGGGCUUGAGUGAGCGAACAAAAAAUAGAGGAUGAACCAUCAUCAUCAGCAACACCCAUUCCAAGAAGCCUUCUGGUCGCCUACCGCCUCCAUUGACCCUUAUCCCAACUUUUCUGUCGGUCUUCGCGUGCUUCACGAAAAACUCGUUCAGUCCAUCGAAGAAAACCAACUCAUUACUGAUUACCUCCAACGUCGUAUUGCUGCGGAAGAAGCCUAUGGUCAACAUCUUUGCACCGUAACACCUCCAUCCACGGGCAUCGCAUUUGACCGUGAUGUCGGCGCCGGUUUACGGAAAUGUUUCGAAAUUGUAUCGGCAGAGAGCGCGGAACUCGCUCAGGGCCAUAAAGUACGAGCGGAGAAUUUGAAAACAAUGGCCCUGGAUCCGUUACAGCGGUUUGCAGGACGUUAUGAAAAGCUGAUUCACCGUACCAAAGCGGUCGUCCACGAACGUAUCCACCAAUUUGAACUCUUGGUACGGAUUGUCGAACAAACCAAGAAUGAUUAUAUCGCCAAGUGCCAAGCCGUACGCAAUUUAAGGUCGUGUCCUGUGGAUCCGGAUAUAGCCGACAAGAUUCAACGCCAUCUUCAAGCGCUCGCGGAAAAUAUACAGUGCCAUUGGCCCACGAGUCUCAUCACCGGGGAUACGGUCUUCCAAUGGAUUCGGAGCCAAUUGGAUCAACAGGAAGACUACGUAUAUACUGACGACCAAGUCUUGAUCAUAGCACAACUUUUGGUCUCCCAAGGGUAUCUCUGCUCCAGCCGUCCGACCGAGAAUUUCGAAGCCCAACCCAAUUAUGCCUAUGAAAAGAGAGAUGGCUCAAAUCACAAUACGUGCAACCUUGACCACCCCGUAAAUUUAUGUAUUAUUCGUCAUGCUGGGACUGGAACGAGCCAGUCAACGAGCGGAUUACUUGGACGCUGGCAACAAAAGAGCCAUAAAGAGCCAUGGCAUAAAUUUCUUCACGGUUUGUUUAUGGCCGAGAAAACCUACAGAGAGAGCGUUGCCAAAGCAGAGAAAAUGCGAAUGCAAACUCAGGAAACAUUGCUAAUGCACUUUGAAGAAAUGGAAAGUCUGGAGCUAGAACGUAUCCAAACCAUUAAACAAGCCUUUAUCAGUGUAGCCGCCACAUUGUCAAAUACAAUACCCUUGUGCAAAGAAAUGUAUGAUCGUAUGAUGUUAUACCAAGAAACGUUGAAUCCGGAAAAAGAUGUGCAAUUUAUUGUGGAACAAUAUCACACUGGCCGAUUUUGUCCUCGCCCCAUCAUUUACGAGAAUCAUUAUCAUGGCGCCAUAGGACAAAUUUUUGGUACACGAUUGGAAGACCUGGUUCGGCAGCAAAAUGUUCUGGUGCCGCCAAUCAUGACGGAAGGCUUAAAAAUUAUCGAACAAGCCAUGCCCCGCCUCCAUCAGGAAGAGAAAAGCAAAGUAUGGACCGCCAAACUACCCUUUGAUCGAGUGCACACGGCACGAGAAGAAAUCAAUGAUACCCUGCAUCAUACAACGAUAGGAGAUCGCUUGCGAUCCUUUGAUCUGUUACUUGUUGCAUCGCUAUUACGGCUUUACUUGAUGGAGCUCCCUGACUGCUUGCUGACGUUCGAACUCUAUGAAACAGUCAAAGUGCUCUAUGCUAAUCAAGAACAGGACGAAAAAAAUCGACUAGCGUCCAUUAGCAAGCUUUUGACCACGCUUCCUACCGCCAAUUAUUAUACCUUGGAAGCAUUAAUGGCCCACUUUCACAAAUUGACAAGUACAUCGGAAGAUACGCAGUUAGUACACCAGCUUGCAGCCACGUUUGGUUACAUUUUGAUUCGAUCACAGAUUGAAUCAACCAUCAAUGUUCAUGACCGACAUCCGCAACGUCUUGUUCGCGAGCUCAUCGUCCAUUUUCCCACUAUUUUCACUGAAGAAGCUCACAAAGCGCAAGAAGAGCAUUCCACUCGACGGGCGAUUAUUGCACCUCAUCCUGUAACGUUGUCCAAAGAGCCAUCGUUGGACGCGCCCUCAUUUAUAUCGACAGUAUCAUCGUCUGGAUCAUCGUUGCAAUCGCCUGCGCCGACCGAUACGGUGAACGGGUGGAACGAUCAAGGUGGCCAUAAAGAAUCUCUGGAUUCAAAGGCAGCUCCGACGGCUCGUCGGCGAACCUUCCUAUCAUUCAUGCGACGAAAUUCGCCGGGGCCAACUCAGCCGACGGUAACGCGGCAGGAACAUGAGACGGAGUCGAAAGCAUCGGCGAUGGUACGACGACCGGUUUUACCGAUGCCAUCCACAAGUACCCUGUUUGUGGAUCCCGACGAUCAAAUGGUUACCGCUAUUCCAAAACCCGCUGGCCAUGCCGGUGGCAACGACGCACCACCUUGCUUAGACGACAUGAUCCCUACUUUGGAAACUUCCACCAGAGCAGAACCUCCAGAUAUCAGCAAAAAGACAAGAUCCCGAUCAACUACACUAACUCAAGAAACAGAUGACCAUGUCAGUCUCGAUUCCUUUUUCGAUGAUGAAUAAUUCUACGGUAUAUAUCCAGCCAAAGCGCGCCAUCUUUCCAAAGGUCACACAGCGAGUAACUGCUCAAAGCGCACUCGGCAGCCUGAUUUUUUCUCUUCCUUCCCGUGCAAAGUCUAUAACUAAAUUGAGAAACUGUAGUGUAUUUCUCCUGACUUUAUGAUAAGAUAACCCAUCGCAGAAGAUAUAAAAAGUUGAAACAUGAGCGCGUGCUGCGUAAGGAAGUCAACAAGAAUCGUUCAAUCAUGGCCUUUUUUCUUUUUACCCAAGAAAAAUCAGGCCAUGUUUCCGUAUGCAAGAAGAAAAAGUUCCAGAAGGAUAAAUGUCUGGUCUUUGUUGCCAUUCG